GCCAGGGAGGCCAGUCGGGAGAACACCUCCACUGCCGCCGCCGCUUCCACCAGGGAGACCUCCAAGGCCGCCCUCGCCACCAAGGGGAAGGCCGGUAGGAAGUAUGCCCCCGAUGCCACCGCUGCCGCUGCCGCCACCACCGGGAAGACCCCCGAGGCCCCCCUCUCCGCCGAUGGGAAGGCCAGUGGGGAGAAUACCACCAAUACCGCCGGCGCCGCUGCCGCUGCCGCCACCUCCGUAUCCCCCCUCGCUACCACCACCGAUUGGGAACCCAGUAGGAAGUACAUUGCCUUUGCCGUUACCGCCGCCGAGGAUGUCGCCGAUUCCACCUCCGCUACCUCCUCCGCUACCUCCACCGAUGGGCAGACCGGUGGGGAGAAUGCCACUCAGGCCUCCGCUACCGCCGCUACCACCAAGGCCACCGCCAAUGCCACCUGGAAGGCCUCCGAGACCGCCCUCACCACCAGUGGGAAGACCAGUGGGAAGAACAUUACCUUUGCCGUUGCCGCUGCCAUCGCCGCUGAGAAGGCCGCCAAUUCCACCCUGGCUGUCGCCUCCGACAGGCAGUCCAGUAGGAAGAAUGCCACUCAGACCACCGCUACCACCGCUGCCGCCGGAGCCGCCGGAGUCAGGGAGUCCAUAACCACCGCCGCCACCAGACUUGCCGCCGGUUUUGCCUCCGGAUUGGCCACCGGUGGUUUGAGUAGGGCUAUUGUAGUCGUCCUUGUGAGCCAAGGCGCCAGCCGAGAAGGCGGCGAGAACGGUUGCGAAGACUGUGCCCUUCAUUUUGAGAGAUUGUGGGUUUGACUUGGAGUCGUGUUGAAAAGAUAGAUAUAGUUGGAAGAAAUGAGAGUGUAAGUGAACGUUGUGCGUGGUGCCAAGAAUAGAACGGAAGCCUUGCUUCGAAGUAGAGAAGAAUGCUCUGGAAGGUAAUGCGAUGAUGAGAGGAGGGAAUUCAAC